GAGCAGAAUCGUCUUAGCUGCUAAAUCGUAGUUUUCGUGUAGUAGCGGCUGUUUAGGUCGCUCGACGGGGAUUUUAGAGGUCUUGUGGACUCUGCUGGUUCCGUUUAGACUCCAGAAUUAAAGUCUGAGAGUAAAGCAGGAUGGCUUCAGCGGAGGAGGCCAGCAGGCCUUUCGCUGGAUUCUCGGACGUGUCCAUCCCGGAGGACAUCCCGGUGGAAGGGGACAUCUCCGUCCCCGUCACUCCCUCCAGUAGAGACGACGAGCUGUCCACUCUGGACGAGCCGGUGAAGGAGACCGUCCUGCGGGACCUGCGGGCCGUGGGCAAGAAGUUCGUCCACGUGCUGUACCCGAAGAGGAGCUCGGUUCUGCUGCGGGACUGGGACCUGUGGGGCCCGCUGCUGCUGUGCGUCACCCUGGCUCUGCUGCUGCAGGGCGGCGCGGCGGACAGCAACGAGCAGGGAGGCCCGCAGUUCGCCGAGGUCUUCGUCGUGGUCUGGUUCGGCUCCAUCGUCAUCACGCUGAACUCCAAGCUGCUGGGCGGGACGCUGUCCUUCUUCCAGAGCCUGUGCGUGCUGGGGUACUGCAUCAUGCCCCUGACCGUGGCCAUGGCCGUGUGCCGGGUCGUCCUCUUCACCACCUCGGGGACGGUGGGCUUCGCCGUGCGGCUGCUGGUGGUGACGGCCUCUUUCGGCUGGUCCACCUUUGCGUCCACGGCGUUCCUCGCCGACAGCCAGCCAGCCAACCGCAAAGCUCUGGUGGUGUACCCGGUGUUUCUCUUCUACUUUGUGAUCGGGUGGAUGAUCCUGACGUUCUCCCCGUGACGAACGGAGGAACCGGACGGGUGGAGCGAAGGAACUCAAACGGAGACCAGAAUCUGCCUUUGGAUUAACGUGGCCGACUACUGAGCUGCGGGAGAAGGACUCCGACUCAGACGUGAUUCCAGACUUCCUCUGGUUCUGGAUGAGACUGCGGCAGCUGACGGAUGGGGUUCUGGUGCGUCCUGGUUCUGUUCUGACCAUGUGAACAGAACCUCUGAAUACAGUCGGAGCGGCCGUGCGUUUCCUUUCUGUGAUUAAAAAGCUAUCAAACGUUUUCAGAACACUUUUGGUUUGUAAAUCUCUCGACUUUAACUCCGAUUGUAAAAUCUGAAUGUUUGUUUUUCUUUCUAUUCGUAGACGUUUGUUGUUUUCACGACACUAAAGACAGCUGAGAUGAUUCCGCUUGCAAAGUUCUGUUAAAAAUAAAUUAAAUGUGA